AUGUCAUCGGAUGGCACCAAAAAGCCAUCUGAAGUUAACGAAAAGCUACCCGAGGACAUCAAAAAGUCAUCCUCGUCUAGAGUCAAUUUUAUGAUUCAAGAAGCUUCUAAACUUGAAGUUUCUGGCAUUUCACAAUUGUAUAAUUGUGUUCGACAACGUAUGAUGGAUGUUGGUUUAUUAGAGGAUAAUCGAAAUCUUAGAAAUACCAUUGAUGCUCCAUGGUUAGAUGAUGAAGCUAUUCAAUUAAAAUUAUCUUAUCAAGAAGCUAUUACACUUUGGACAACAUGGCCAACAUCUUUAUGCGCUGAUAGAAUUAAAUUAAUACGUAAACAAUUCAAUGAGAAAUUAAUUGAUUUACGUCAAAAAUGGAAAGAGAAAAUUAAUAAUUGUCGUAUUAUGGAUCAUAGAACUGCUGAAAAAGCUUUAAAAUUAAAUGCAACACAAUAUAAAGAAUUAUUAUUAUUUACAUCUGGUCAAGAACAACAACACCAACAAAAUAAUGCUCCACCAUAUUGUUCAAUGCCUGCUUCCUCUUCAAACAAAAGAUCCCAUCACAAUUAUCAUCCAUAUGAUUUGAAUCAAAAUCAUCAUUAUCAUCGUCAACGUCAUCAUCAUUAUCAAGAUUCGUUAAAUAUUCCACGGACUAUGAUGAAACAAUCUGAUCGUCAACCAUUUAGUUAUUAUAUUCCAAAUGAUGUCAAUAUGACACCUCAAGAUAAUCGACGUAUUCAUGGGGUAGCAUAUCAAAAUUAUUUCCAUGGAUCAUAA